CGCCGCAUCUCCCCGCCUGCUACUGGGCGUCAGGGUCCCUGCCGCACUGCUCUCUGUCCUGUGUGCUUGCCGGGGCCAUCGGGGUUGGUCCCCACGCCGCCCUCUCCGCCCCGUGGUCACCCUGUGUGGGUUUAAGCCAGCUUGGGGACAGUCCCUGGGCUGCACCCAGCAGGAGGAGGGAGGCUAGCCAGCACAGGCAGAAGGGCUGGACGGACGGACGGACGGAGAAGCAGAAUGGUGACAUGGUCGCACGGGGCAGCGUGGGUGCACUCUUGACAACGGAGACAGAGUUGAGCGUUUGAGAGACGCAGGGCUGGCUGCACCCACCCCGCUGUGCCUGUGACGCCGAGCCGGCCCGGGGCGCUCCGAGGAGGCCGGGUCCUGCUGGGAACCCGCCGUGCGCCGGGGAAGCGCCAUGUGCAGCCCAGAGGAGGCCCUGCUGCAGCUGGAGGAGGCCUUCUUGGCCACACUGGCCCUCGUCAACACGCACAUCCUGCAGCCUUUGCUCUUGGCCGGUGAUCCCUCGGAGCCCCGGGCUCAAGAGUGCCUGCAGCUCUUGCGGCAGCUGCACAGGAACUCCCUGCAGCUGUGGCAUCUGACCCAGCAGAGUCUGCAGUCCCUGCACAGGAGGUUACGCCAGCCGCGCACCACCGGCCUGGAGUCCCUGCUGCUGCUGGGCAGUGCUGACCGCAUCCUGCAGGUCCACCUGGAGUACAUCGAGUCCUACACAAGCUGCGUGGUGGUGCAAGUCUUCCAGCAGGUGGCAAAGAGGAAGAGAGAGUACUGGCACACACAGUGCAGGCUGCUGCAGAAGCACCUAUCCGGAGUGAGCUUUGAGGGCCCGGUGGACGCCCUGCUGGCCCGGCUCCUGCACCAGCCGCUUGCACAGCACCUUCAGCAGCGUGUGCUCCACCUGCUGCGCCUCAGGGAUACCCUCGGGGAGGGCCACCCUGCCCAGGAGCUGGUGAUGAACGCCACCAUCCUUCACGGGAACCUGCAGUCCUUCCUUCAGCAGGCUCUGGACCAGGCUGCGGCCACCCAGGCUCUGUGGCACAGCCUGAGUAGCCGCCCGAAAGACCUGCUCUGCACCCCGGCUCACUGCCUCCUGCAGGACAGCCAGGACAUCCCGGUGACGGUCACCCCCCUGCGGGCUGAGCGCGUGCUGCUCUUUGAUGACACGCUGGUGCUGCUGCAGGGCCCCAGUGUCUGCUCCUUCGAUCUGAGGCUGGUGUGGGUGCGCCCCGCGCAGGACAGGUGCACGCUCUGCAUCCUUACGCCAGAGGAAGAGUUCUCCUUGUGUGCCAGGAACCCCCAGGGCCAGGUGGUGUGGCAGUGGAAAGUCUGCCAGGCUGUGUGCCAGGCCCUGCGCGGGAAGAAGGACUUCCCCGUGCUGGGAGCCGGCCCGGCACCCUCCAAGCCGCCGGCCUGCCGCUCCAUGGCCUACACCUUCCGCGCCGAGGGCCGCCUCUGCCGGGCCACCUAUGAGGGCGAGUGGUGCUUGGGCAGGCCCCACGGCAAAGGGACCCUGAAGUGGCCGGAUGGGCGGAAUCACGUGGGGAAUUUCCGCAGGGGCUUGGAGCACGGCUUCGGCAUCUACCUGGUGCCCAAGGCCACUGAGGACAAGUUCGACUGCUACAAGUGCCACUGGGACGAGGGCCGCAUGUGCGGCUACGGCAUCUGUGAGUACGGCUCGGAGGAGGUGUACAAGGGCUACUUCCAGGCCGGCCUGCGGCACGGGUUCGGGGUCCUGGACAGUGCGCCGCAGGCUGCCCAGCCCUUCCGCUACACGGGCCACUGGGAGAAGGGCCAGAGGAGUGGCUACGGCGUCCAGGAGGACAGCAACAGGGGCGAGCGCUACAUCGGCAUGUGGCAGGCGGACCAGCGCCAUGGCCCGGGAGUUGUCGUCACCCAGGCGGGGGUCUGCUACCAGGGCACCUUCCAGGCGGACAAGAUGGUGGGCCCCGGCGUCAUCCUCUCGGAAGACGACUCACUGUAUGAGGGCACCUUCACCCGGGACCUGACCCCCGAGGGCAAGGGCAAGAUCACCUUCCCCACCGGCUUCACCCUGGAGGGCUCAUUUGGCGGCGGGACAGGAAGAGGGCUGUACACCCAGGGAGUGCUGGACACAGCCGCCCUCCCGCCGGACCCCAGCAGCACCUGCAAGAGGCAGCUGGGUGUGGACGCCUUCCCUGUGGAAAGCCGCUGGCAGGGCGUCUACGGCCCCUUCUGGGACUUCGUGCUGGCCGGCUGCCCCGGAGAGCUGCAGGAGGCCCUGCUGGGCUUCCAUGUACAGAGCCCGAGGGAGCUGCGCCGGUCCCAGGACUACCUGAGCUGCGGGAGGAGCUGCCCGGAGGACGAAGCAGGCAAGAUGGAGGACACCCUGGAGGAGCUGCUGCGGCACCGGGAGCCCGCAGCCCUGCGGCAGCACCUCCGGCAGGCUCUGAGCUCCGCGCGGCACCCCCUAGGAAAGCUUCUCCGCACCCUGAUGCUGACCUUUCAGGCCACCUAUGCGGGCAUCGGGGCCAACAAGCACCUGCAGUGGCUGGCGCAGGCGGAGGUGAAGCAGCAUGCCUGCGAGCUCUGGGCCGCCUACAGGGGUCUGCUGCAGGUGGCCUUGCAGCGCAAGGGCCAGGCCCCGGAGGGGGAGUCUGAAGAUGCAGAGACAAGGGACCUGCAGGCGCACAGACUGAUGCUCCCCCUCGUGCUGCCCAGCUUCUACUCGGAGCUCUUCACCCUCUACCUGCUUCUGCACGAGAAGGAGGACGGUCUCUACAGCCAGGGCAUUACCAACCUGAGCCUGUUUCCUGACACCAAGCUGCUGGAGUUCCUGGAUGUGCACAAGCACCUGUGGCCCCUCAAAGACCUCCGGCUGACCAGCAAUCAGCGGAGCUCCCUGGUGAGGGACAAAUGUUUCCUGUCAGCCACUGAGUGCCUGCAGAAGAUCAUCACCACCGUGGACCCCCGGGAGAAGCUGGAGGUGCUGGAGAAGACAUAUGGGGAGAUCGAGGCCACUGUGUCGCAUGUGCUGGGCCGGGAGCACAAGCUGCCCAUGGACGACCUGCUGCCGCUGCUCAUCUACGUGGUGUCUCGGGCGCGAAUCCAGCACCUGGGGGCUGAGAUCCAUCUGAUUCGGGACAUGAUGGACCCCGUCCACAUGGGAGGCCUGUACGACUUCUUGCUCACGGCCCUGGAGUCCUGUUACGAGCACAUCCAGAAGGAAGACAUGAGGCUGCGCCGCCUGCCUGGCCACUGGGACCUCCGGGACCUCUGCUAGCUCCGCCCCUGGACACGCACCACCCACCUGUCCCCAGAGCCAGUGCAUGCAGGGUGGGCCGGGGAAACCCGUGUCUCCUCUCUUUCAGGAGACCCUCCUACUGCUCUGGCUGGGUGAGGGCAGGGGGGCAGGGUGCCGGCCUCUCGGCCAGUCUCUGAUGAUCCCCGUAACCAGGGGUGAAGGGCCCCUCCUCUCUGAGCUUUGUGCUCGCGUGAUUGUGUCCCUGUUGCUGCAUUCCUGGGCAGAAGGCUCCAGGCUACAGCAGGCUCUGUCCCCAGGAGUGUCCCUGAGGACGCGCCUCCUCCCUGGCUCUGCCCCCGCCUGCUGCGCGCGGGCUUGGAGUCCAGGCGUUGUGCUCUGCUCACCCGUCACGUGGACGCACCGCGCCUCACCACCAGGGCAUCCAAAGUAGCCUGUGAACGACAUACUGUGGCCUCUGUGGGCCUUUGCGGGGCACAGCAGGCACCCACGAGGCCAGCCUGGGCCCUGACUAACACCCUUUGAGGCCAGCUGGAUCUUGGGGCAGCCUCAUUCCCCCAAGAAAGCUCCUCACAAUGAGCCCAGGCUGGGCUCCCCCGGCAGCCUCAGGGCAGGCCCCCAGGGACCAAAGAGCCCGGCUGCCCCUUGGUGUCCUCCUCCAGAAGAAGCAGGAGAGGCCUCCUGUCUGGUUCCACCCAGUGUGUUGGCCUGAACGCAGGACCUGAGCUCUGGUUCUGCCAGUGGCUAGCCAGCUUGUCGUUGCUAUGACAAAACACCUGAGGAGUGACCUCGAGGGAGAGAAGUUUAUUUUGGCUCAGGGUUUCAGAGGCUGCAGCUCGUGGUCAGCGGGCUCCAUUGCCUGAGGCCGGUUCCCAGCGGCCAGGCAGAAACAUCACAGCGGACGUGCGGCAGAGGAGAGCUGCUCACCUUGUGGCAGCGAGGAAAGAGACGGGAAGAGGGGGAGGGGGAGAGGGAGAGAGGACAAUGGAGAAGAAGAGGACAGAGGGCGAGAAGAAGCCGAGGACAAGGAACGCCUUCCCCAGUACCCCCAGUGACCUCCUUCCUGCAGCCAGGCCCCACUCCGGAGCCUCCACCUCUCCAUCGUACCAUCAGCUGGGGACAGCUGUCAGCACGGGGGCCUGUGGGGGACUUUUCAGAUCCAAACCGUAACAGCCGGGAAGCUGUAGCAUCUCCAAGAAAGCCCCUGGGUGGGGGCAGACCUGCUGAAGAGGGAGGAUGUCCACACACCUACGAUUGCGGUGGUUCCCAGGGCUUCCGUCCCCCAGCUGUUGGCAGCUUCUUCCUGUCCCACCCGAGCCCUGUCCUGCUAUGCCACGGAAACCCCAGCACCUUUCCGGCCUCCUUUGGGAUUGGGGAGCCCUGUCCCCCACCCACCUUGCCCCCACAUAGGUGGCCAGUGGCCGCUGCUGAAGGCGGGCGUGGAGGUGGGGACGGCCGUGUGAGCUGUACAGCUGGGGCCUCUCAGCUAGGCCGGCCCUCCUCCCUGCCUCCUAAGUAAACACUGUAUUUGAGGGGUGCUUUUCGGGAGAAUUA